AUGUAUACGCUAUUAGGUCUUGGUAAAAAAUCUAAAGACAAUGUAGAAGCUCGAUUGGAAUUGAAGGAGAUGAAAAUAAGGGCAAGCUUAUGGCCUCAAUAUCAAUCUAGUGGGAGGGCAUAUCUUCCUCCUACUUAUUUCACAAUGUCUUUGAAUGAAAAGGAGAUGUUUCAUGAAGUACUACAAAAUGCCAAGUUUCCACAUGGCUAUGCAUCUAAUAUCUCACAUUGGAUUCGAAAACGAAAGAUAUCUGGGCUAAAAACUCAAGAUUGUCAGGUUAUAAUGCAAGAACUUCUUCCUCUUGCCUUGAAAAAAUCAACAGAUAAAAGGAUUCAUUCCGUUUUAACUGAACUAUGUACAUUCUUUCGUGUUCUAUGUAGCAAAGUGCUAAAGCUAGAAGAGUUUAAAUUACUUGAAGAAAAAAUUCCAGAAACAUUGUCUACUAUGGAGAAACUCCCCUCCCCCCCAGGAUUCUUUAUUGUUAUGGUAUACUUGGUUACACACUUGGCAACUGAGGCUAUAUUUGCAGGGCCCACACACUAUCGUUGGAUGUACCCAAUUGAGAGGUAUUUAGGUACCAUAAAAUCAUAUGUUCGUAAUCGUGCAUGCCCAGAAGGUUCAAUAGCAGAAGCAUAUAUAGCAAAUGAGUGUUUAAAAUUUUGCUCAAGAUAUCUGGAGGGUGGAGAUUCAAGGUCUUACUGGUCAAGAAAAUGUGAUGGUGAAAUUCAGCAUGAGACUAGUAAAGAAGAAUGUCUUUUCCCUAGUACCGGAGAGUCAUACGGUCAAGAAGAUGUAUUUGAAAUGGAUGAUAAAACAUUGUUGGAAGAACAUCGACAUGUGCUUUUCGAUUGCGACUUUGAGGUGGUUGAGAAUUACAAAAAGCAAGUGAAAGAGCUGGAGGCCACAUCUGAUAUCUCAAAGGAUGUUAAAGUCCUUGCAAAAGGACCGAGUAACAUUGCAAAAAGAUUCAGUGCGUAUGAUACCGAAAGUUAUGCAAGUUCUCGUGACAAUGCUCCAAAAUCUACGUAUAUCACAUAUUAUGGAAAAAUGAAUGACAUUGUAGAGUUAAACUACUACGAAGAACUUAAAGUUGUCUUGUUUAAGUGUGAUUGGAUUGAUGCAACCAAAAGUAGAGGAGUUAAGGAAGAUGACUUGAGUUUCACACUUGUGAAUUUUUCAUGCUUGCAAGAUUCUGGCAAUCGAGAACGUCAUGAGCCCUUUAUUUUUGCAGAAUAA